AUGCCAACAAUUCCCAGUUCAGAGUCUCCAUCAGACAGCAAUCGCACACUUCGCAAAGCUACAGUCGAAGAUAUACCCGCCAUCAAAGCCAUGGUCGAUGCCGCCUAUUCAAAAUAUAUUGAGCGGAUUGGCAAGCCACCAGCUCCUAUGACAGAAGACUGGGACGAGACGAUUCGCACGCAUGAAGUCCUCGUCCUCAGAGACAAUGAGCAGAUCGUUGGCUCAAUCAGCUUCUACAAGGACAAGCAGAUGAAAUCGCUGAAGAUUGACAACGUGGUCGUCAACCCACAGGCGCAAUCUCGGGGAUAUGGAUAUCAUAUGGUCAAAUAUGCGGAAAUGGAAGGCCAAAAGCAAGGGCUGCGCAGUGUGACAUUAUUCACCAAUGUGAAGAUGUUCGAGAAUAUUGCGUACUAUCCGAAAUUGGGGUUCACGGAAACAGAACGAAAAACGGAAGACGGGUUUGAACGUGUAUAUUUCUAUAAGAAGCUUGCUGAAUGA